AUGGAGACAGCACCCGAUACUUAUGUUCACAACGACUUAUCACGAAUUCUAAACCCAAGGGGUCUGGGGUCUUUCUUUCUCAUUGUUGUCGAGUUUGGUCGUGGGUUCAUCCGUUUAGCCGACUACUGCGAAUCGCACCAGCCAGAAGAUAUCUUUGAUUUGACCAAGUCUCCUGCUGUGUACUCAGUCGGAAAAGAACAUCUCGGGAAAUCUUACUAUGAGCUACUGGAUAUGGACCCUGACCCUGAGCGUCGCGAGCUUUGGAAUGCCAACAUGGUCGCUGUUGACGAGUUGAUGCCAGUUGUUGGCAUGUUCCCAUUCACUACACUAAAAGAAGAGGUUGAGCAGGACCCUGAUCGGCCAUUCUUAGUUGAUAUCGGUGCGAGUCGCGGACAAUCAUGCAUUGCUAUUCGCAAGGACAUUGGCGAUGCCUUUGACGCCAAGUUACCCUGCAAGACCUUCCUGGCGUUAUCAAUACCAUGGAUCCAAAGGACUAUCAGACUUUGA